ACUUCGCCAAAAGCAGAGAUGUUUUCAAAACACAACUUCCGAUUUCGCUUUACUUUGAUUGUUUCUUAACGUUCAAGUGUACUUAAUCUGAUCAGAAUUGAUUACUUAAGCUCUGCAUUUGCUCAUUGACGUCCAGUUCUAGGUCUAGUAAUAGUUUUUGUAGGUUUAUCUUAGCAAUGAAGGCUUUGGCUUCGGACGGCUCGCAGUGAUUAGCAAAGGUCAAAGACUGUAGACGGAUGCAGUGGUACAUUGACAAGAAUCCCUACUUUCUCUGUGAAGUAUCGCUUGGAAUGCCUUGUUUCUAGAGAGGAUUACCAUGCCUAUUUCGGAAUGCGAGGAGACGCUGGACCCCUCUAAAUGGAAAGGAAUGCUUUUGGCGCCUCUGCGAAGGGUGCAAAAAGACGUCCAUCCAUCACUCGAAGUUCAAGAUGAAGCUUUGAAUUACAUAGAAAAUCUUAUCAUCCAUUUGUUAUACCAUCUCUGUGCUUGCCAGCCGCACACAGUCAGUGAUGUAGAAGAUCGAGUCAACAAGACUUUUCCAGACCCUAUCGACAAAUGGGCCAUAUUAGAUGCUCAGGCUGCCAUUGAAAAAGGCAAGAAAAAAAGCACCCAAUUGAUUCUACCGGCCGACAAAAUACAUCCCCUAAUCAAGGAUAUACUAGGUUACAAGGUUGAUUAYCAGGUUUCUGUGUACAUCGUGGCUGUCAUGGAGUACAUAUCAGCUGAUAUUCUUAAGGUAAUACUGCCAAUCAUUCAAAAAUAAUCUAAUAUUACAUGUCAAGACAUCAAAGUUGCCUUGUUUGCAGAUAAAGUUUUAAUGUAUAUGUUUCAUCCUGAUGACAUGGAUGCAUCAGUUGAAGAAGAGAGAAUMGACAACCAGGAGCUUCUCACGUAUGAAGAAGUAGUCAGAGAAAUGAUGAUUGUAGAAUCCAAAUAUAUUAGAGAUUUGAAUAUGUUAAUCAAGGUUUUCCGUGCACCUUUUAUCGAGGCAAAAGACUUAUUUACUCAAGAGGAUGUUGACAAAGUUUUCAGCAAUAUAACUGAGAUUUAUGAUUUUUCUGUGGCUUUUUAUGGGCUCCUUGAAGCAGCAAUUGAGGUAGCAGAUGAGGGCAAACCACCGGCCAUUGGAACAUGCUUUGAAGAGAUGGCAGAGGGAGCUGAGUUUGAGGUGUAUGAAAGCUUUGCAAAGGAGCAAAUGUUAUCAGAAAGCAAAAUGUACCGCCAUCUUGGCAUUGGAGGGAAAUUAUAUGAACUUCUUGCCCGACCUAAAGUYGCAGAGUUCUUUAAAAGUAAAGGUGAUCGUUUUAAGGAAACAGUACAAUAUUGUUUACCAAAGUUGCUCAUGAUUCCUGUACAUCAUUGUCUUCACUACUUUGACUUGAUCGGGUUGCUAUUAAAAACRAGUCCUGAUGAUAAUGAUUUAGAAAGCCUUGAGCAGGCACAAAGUGCUCUCAGAAUGCUUCAGGCUGGCAUGGAAAGAAUACUUUCAUCUAGUCAUAUGGUCAAGAAAAAUGAGGAUAAAUUUAACAGAGCACAGAAAAGAAAAUCAGGAGUUUUGAAAUCAGCAGCAUCUACAAUGAAUGAAUUACAAAGGAACAUAGAUGGAUGGGAGGGUAAAGACAUCUCCCAAUCUUGUACUGAAAUUCUUAAAGAGGGAAUACUUGGAAAGUUGCACCCCAAUAAAAAGUCCACAGAAAGAUAUGUAUUUCUUCUCGAUGGACUGUUAAUAUGCUGCAAGCAAAAUACCAGACAUACAUUAUCUGGACAAAAUUCACCAGAAUACAGAUUAAAGGAAAAGUAUUUCUUGAGAAAAGCAGAUAUAAAUGACUUAGAUGACACUGCAGAUAUAAAAAAUGCAUUUGAAGUAGUAGAACAAGAUCAGCCCAAGGCUUUGUUUAUUUGUAAAAAUGAAACUGAGAAGAAUGAAUGGAUGGCCAUGUUGAUGACGCUAUACAUGAGGAGUACAUUGGAUCGUAUGUUGGACCACAUGCUAACAGAAGAAGAGAAAGCCAUUCCGUUGCGAAUGCCGAGUCCUGAAGAAUACUGUUUUUCAGAAGAAGAUAAAGAUGAAAACAUAGUCUUUGAGGAGUCUCAAGGGAACUCUGUGGCUCCUGUCAUUAGAGGAGGGACAUUAAUUAAACUAAUAGAAAGACUCACACAUCAUAAGUAUGCUGAUCCAUCAUUUCUACGUACUUUCCUUACCACUUAUCGAUCAUUUUGUAAACCGAGAGAACUCUUGGAUCUGUUAAUAGUUCGAUAUCCUUUGCCUGAACCGCCACCCAGUGAAGAAGAUCGACAGGCCAUGGCUAGAGGAAAACCAGUAUUGAGAGAAGACUUGAAAAGAUUUAAGAAGGAGUAUGUUCAACCUGUCCAGCUUAGAGUUCUGAAUGCCAUCCGUCACUGGGUCGACAACCAUUUUUAUGAUUUUGAAAGAGACAAACAGUUGUUACUGAAACUGGAGCUAUUCCUGAAGGAGGUGAAUGGAAAAGCGAUGCGCCGAUGGGUGGAGUCCAUUAAUAAAGUGAUCAUGAGAAAGAGCAACGUCGAUAGUGACAGCCUUGCUCCUGAAAUCACGUUUGAAAAGGACCCUCCUAAGAUUGAGUGGCACUUAACUGAGGACUUCACAAAGUUUAACAUUCUUACUCUUCACCCAAUUGAAAUAGCACGUCAGUUGACGCUCAUUGAAUCAGACCUUUACAGAGCUGUCCGUCCAUCAGAGUUGGUUGGUAGUGUGUGGACAAAGGAGGAUAUCAAACAUCUAACAUCACCAAACCUAUUGAGGAUGAUUCAACAUACAAAUAACAUAACUAUUUGGCUGGAGAAAAGUAUUCUAGAAAUGGCAAACCUUGAGGAGAGAGUUGCGGUGUUAAGUCGAAUCAUUGAUAUUUUGUAUGUUUUUCAAGAAUUGAAUAAUUUUAAUGGCAUCUUAGAAGUAGUUAGUGCAUUGAAUUCAUCUCCCAUUUACAGAUUGCAGCAUACAUUUGCGGAAUUAUCUGCCAAGCAGCAAAAAAUCCUUGACGAGGCCAAAGAGCUCACAAGUGACCACUACAAGAAAUACAUCGAGAAACUUCGCUCCAUUAACCCGCCUUGUGUUCCCUUUUUUGGAAUGUACAUGACCAACAUACUAAAGAUUGAAGAUGGGAAUCCAGACUUUCUGCCAAACUUCCCUGAAGGGAUUAUUAACUUUAGCAAAAGACGGAGAGUGGCUGAAAUUACUGGUGAAAUCCAGCAAUACCAGAAUCAACCAUACUGUCUGCAGAAUGAAAUGUCAAUUAGGGAUUACUUGGAGAAUUUAGAUGCUUUUGAGGGGAGAACGGACAAAGAAAUGGAAGACUUUUUGUAUAAACUAUCAUUGGAGGUCGAACCUAGAAACACCAAACAGGCUCCUAAAUGUCCACGAGUCACAGAAGUCCCACUAAGAUCGCCCGGUACAAGACUAAUACAUUCAAGGCUUAGCUCUACAUCGACAAUGAGGCGGUCAUUAUCGCAAGCAUCAUCUAUCAUCUCAUUAGCAGAACAAGGGGAUGUCACCUCACCAACGUCUUCUACCUUCCAUACUACUCUCCCUAGAACACCAUUGACCAGCAACACCUUUCUUCCCAGUGAAACAACGCCUCUCAUCCCAGAAUCACCGUUCGACGAAUCAGAUCCUGAUUAUGAAAAUAUUGAAAACUUUGAGAAAAAAGAGGAACCUCCAGGCCCGCCUGUGCGGCCCCCUAUCCUACCUCCACGAACGCACAAACAAAGAACGGGGUCAGUGAUCGAAGAAAGAACUCCCAGUGAUCUCACUCCUGUAGCGAUCAAGAGAAUGAAUUCUGAACCUUGUUUUGACUUUAAAUUCAACGAAUCACGUGAUCCGACUGUAGUACCAUUAUUACCUCAAAAACCUGUUAAACAGGUUCCGACAAGACGACCGCCUCCUCCUCCACCCGAUGAACCUGAAGAGGUCGACCAAGUUAUCGCCCCUCCCCUCCCCCCUCGUCAUCCCCUCAGGACGCCGCCGACCACACCUGUCGUAGCUACACCAGCUCCCCCUCCUCUCCCCCCACGGUCAUCUCAAGUAAUUGAACAAGAAACUCUAUCAAUAGAUCAAAACGGAGCGGACAUUGCACCGCCUGCUUUACCACCGAAGUCCAAGAAGACAUAGUUAAUAGGAAUUAAUAUUGAGUGGGUUUGUUAUUACCAGAAAUUAGUAAGCUUUUAUAAACUACAGUAGAAAUUUUGACUGAACACAACAGCACAUGAAGAACUGACACAAGAACAGUGCUUGAUUUUUAGCAGAAUAAUUGAUCUCCUAGGCAACUAAAUACAUACGUCAUAGGUGAUUUGUUACUAUAGUAACGACUUUUUGUAAAACAACUAUAAAUAAACAAAUUUAUGUAAAAACAAA